AUGGCAAAGCCCAACAUCACCGGCUUCGACCCGAAGGCCUUCGCUGCCGCUUCGAAGAGAGGCACAAAGGGCGAUCCAUGGGCACGAUACGAGCAAUGGCGAUACACAGGUCCCUUCUCCAGGUGGAACCGCUUCAAGGGCUCCUUCCCUGGUCUCGGCAUUGCGACAGGCGCAUUCGCCGUCUACCUCGUCGCCGAGCAGCUCUUCUUCAAGGAGGAGCACGGUCACCACAGCACCGACGGCCACUAA